UAUACUAAAUUACUACUUAGCCAACUGAUCACUGUAAUCAUCCCGAAGCAAAGUAACAACAAGGCUGAAAUACAGUACGCUAAGGCUACAGUUUAGUUUUUAACUACACGCCCAGUCUUCCGAUUACAUUCAUGUUUUGGUCCCGGUGCGAGGAACAGGUUUGCCGACAUUGAUUCCAGGUGUUUUGAAGGGAUAAGGCGGACGGCUCCAUGAGAGUAUCGCGCUUUACUUGAAAACAAGUAUAAUGCUCAAAGUUUUCAACUGUACACGCAGGUUUCAGGUGCGGGUGUAUAUGGAACUCAUGGCGUAUACAUUCUAGACCUAGCACUAGCCUAUUUUAUGGAAUGUUUGGCGUCUUCGUUCCUUCGAAAAGGAAACAUUCUACUGCAAAUUCGCUUACCUUUUGUAUUGUGGUCAUCUUCGAAAAGUACCCUACAAACUUAUCGAAAGGCGUUUCAUUUCUGAUACGACACUAUUUCUUUUUCUGAAUGGAAACUGAACCAUUGCUCACUGGAAGCACGGACCAAAGAUCCGUAGACUACGGCUUUCGUUCUGGUAAUCCUCCAAAAGCAAGGCGGCUGUCAUACUCAGCGACUGGACAUUCCUGCUAUGUCGACUGGGGAGAUGAGGCACUUUCCAUCCAGCAAGCUGUUGUUUUCAUUGAGGAUGCCAUACAGUAUCGUUCGAUCAAUCAUCGAGUGGAUUCAAGAUCCCUCUGGCUUUACAGAUGGUACUACUCCAGGAUCUACCAAUGGGGCCUGGGUGCAGUUAUCGCCCUCAUCCUGGCCUUAGCCUUCAUCGAGAAGCCCUCUUCACUGACUGCCACGUCUGACCCCCGCUACAAACUGCCCCACUGGGAGCCUCCAUGUGGCCUGACCGAGAGCAUUGAGAUGGUGUGCUUCAUGGUCUUCGCCCUUGACCUCACUCUGAAGAUUUAUUUGAUUGGCUGGGAUGAGUUCCGAAAGAACAAAUGGCUGAUUGGCUACAUGGUGGUCCUUGCAGGAAGUGUCAUUGAUUGGACCUUGUCACUGAGCAUGUUUUGCGAAGAGCAUUUGAGAAUCAGACGACUUCUUCGUCCCUUCUUUCUCCUUCAAAAUUCAUCAUUGAUGAAGAAAACCUUGAAAUGCAUCAAAAGGACAUUGCCAGAAAUUGCAAGUGUUAUCCUCCUCCUGGCCCUGCACUUGUGUCUCUUCACCAUGUUUGGCAUGCUACUUUUCUCCAAGGGAGAGGAUCCAGAAAAGAAUGAAGAAUGGAGGAUCUAUUUCAGAAACUUCCCUCAGUCUCUGACAUCUUUACUUGUGCUUCUAACCACUGCAAAUAAUCCUGAUGUGAUGAUACCAGCCUACUCUUUAAACAGAGGGUAUUCCAUCUUCUUCAUCCUCUUCAGUGGCUUUGGAACCUAUUUUUUAAUGAACCUGCUGACUGCAAUCAUAUACAACCAAUUCAGGGGAUACUUACUGAUGUCCGUCCAGACGUCCAUCUUGAGGAGGAGGCUGGGGAUCCGGGCGGCCUUUGAGGUGCUGUGUUCCUCAGCUCAGGGAGCGUCCUGCUCUGCAGAGAACGAGACGGGUGUGAAGGUGGAGACGGUCCUGCAGGUGAUGCGCUUGGUGCAGAUGAAGUCCUACUACAGACGGGCUGUUGUCACGAAAGCCCAGCAGCUCUCUGGAGGCUCCAUCACCAGGGAGGCCUUUCAGAUACUGUUUGAUGAGCUGGACAAGGACAGGAUUGAAGAGCAUCCUCCACUGCCAGAGUACAGCUCUCCUUUCCUGCAGAAACUCCAGUUCAUCUUUAGCCAUUACUAUGUGACCGUGGUGGGGAACCUCAUUGCCCUGGCCAACAUGCUGUGCAUUUGUGUCUUACUCUUGGUGGAGUCAGAUAAGCCUGUCUCAGAAAGGGAUGACUAUGUGUUUGAGGUCGUCAACUGUUUCUUCAUUGUACUGUAUCUGCUUGAGAUGCUACUGAAGAUAUUUGCAUUCGGAUGGAGGGGCUACGUUUCAUACAGAAAUAAUAUAUUUGAUGGCUUGAUGACAAUCAUCCUUCUGGUUCUCCAGAUAUCCAUAUUUGCCACAUACAAAUAUCCAUAUCCUCACUGGCUUUCGCUGUGGGAAAUGGUUCGCCUGGUCAACAUGCUCAUCAUCUUUCGCUUCCUCAGGGUCAUCCCCACCAUCAAGCUGAUGUCCCUCGUUGCCAGCACUCUGGUGGAUCUGGUGAAAAACCUCAGAGCUUUUGCCGGAAUUUUAGUGGUGGUGUACUACAUCUUUGCUGUCCUUGGAAUCUGGCUAUUCGAGGGAGCAAUCCCAGCUCCAGGGAACGCGAGCCUGAUCACCAAUUCCAGCACUGCCAACUUCAGCAUGGAGUGUGGAACAUACGAGCAACUAGGCUACUGGCCUAACAACUUUGAUGACUUUGCUUCCACACUGGUGCUUCUCUACAACAUCAUGGUAGUGAACAACUGGCAGGUAUUCAUAGACGCCUACUCCAGAUACACUACCAGGUGGUCAAUGCUCUACUUCGUGUCCUGGUGGCUUACCUCAUCAGUCAUGUGGGUGAACCUGUUUGUGGCUUUAAUCUUGGAGAGCUUCAUCUAUAAGUGGGACCGGAGCCAUACCAGUUCUGCCUCGGAGAUGGAGAACACGAGGUUGCAGACGACAGUCCAGCUAAUGUUCAGAGAACACAUACAAGAGCCCACAGAGGAGGAACUAAUGUCCCAGCUACACCAACACCCCCACCUAAAUAUUAACCAGUGACAACAAUCUGCACCUCAUCUCACCACCAAAACGCGCUCCAUCUCUGCUCCACACUGCUCUCCCACGCAAAAUGGAAAGCGCAUUUUGUGUAAUGGUGAGAGGUACAGUAUCAAACGGCUCAUGACUGCAAUCACCAGUCAUGUGUCAUGAACACCAGUCCUGAGUCGCCACAUGUGGCCUCCUAAGCCGAGUGGUUAUGUGAACUAGUUUAAAAUUUAUUUGCUGUACUAUAGUGCACUUUAUUCUGUUUUAUUUUUUAAUCAAAUGUUGACAAAUGACAUGUGUAUGCCUAUUUGAUAACAUUAUAUUUACCUGUGCCAUGAACCAAAGCCUCAGGUGCAAACUGUAUUUAAGAAAUGUGCUUUGAUAUGCAUAAACGGCCUACUCAGUUUCGGCUUCUGUCAACAUUUGUCUUUUACUUUGACUUACAAGUAAAACGCAUGACACUUUUUCUUCAAUCUCAGCUGGAUGACUUAGUUUUAAUGAUUACUGAACUUGCUUGCUGUGAUGAAAAAAAAAUUAAUGGUUACAGUCAAGGACACAUUUUGAUUGAAUCCCAGCUAUAGUUUGUCAUGUGAUAAUAUAGCCACCAAUCCACAUAGUUCCCUAAUGUUUAAAUGUCAGACUGGCUUAAUACAGAAUGUUUUAUUUUGCUUGCUAUGGUUUUAUUUGCAAUAUUGUUUUAUUGGACGUGGAUUUUACAACAAUGUUAAGCCUUUCUUUUUGUGAUGAUGACGCACUGUUUAAAGAAGGGAAGUCUUUUAAGAGUGAAGUUUCAAAAGAAGCAAGAUGCACAAGUUCUAGGGUAUUAAUUUCAUUUGACUACAUUUGAAUUCAUUCUUUCUUACUUCUGAUGGUUGAGUGAGUUCCAGAGUUUUCAGUGUGGUAAAAGGUACUCAUGUUGACUGCAUUAUCUGUUAUCUGUUGUGUUGUUUGUCUGUUGUGAAUACUGCUUUUCCUGGAUGUAUAUGUAUAUGCUUUUUUUUGUAGAAAGCAUUGUGGUGGUUCCCUAGGUAUCUGUUCAAAAAUGAUUUUAUAUUAACUGUUUACCUAAGUUGAAUUGUUUUUUUCUGUUCCAUAUGUUCAUUUUUUGUUUGACAGAGCUUGAAUGUUCUGUGUGUGCGUGUGUGUGUGUACAUGGGUGGUGGUGGAAGGGGUGAGGACGGGGGGUGGGGGGGGGUGGAAGACAUAGUACUAAGGUUUAAUCACAUACCUGCCUCCCACAGCUGAGAAAAUGGCUGGAAUGAGAACAGUGGGUGAAACACAUUUAUCUCUGAUGGAAAGACUGACAGCUCAUUGUGAUGAACAGCGAUGCCAUGUAUGUGUCAGGUGACAAAGCAGACUUUUCAUAAUGGCUCAGUCUCAUGCGUUGUCAGUCAUAAAAUUACUAUCUCCGAAGGGCUGAAGUACAAUAGCAAUGCCAAUGGCUUCAGUCAGCCGAUACCAUCACCUGUCAGUUUCAGUGGAAACCAACUUGAACCAGAAGCUUUCGUCAAAAGAAGCCAUCAGUUAAAGCUAUGACGCUACAUGUUAUAUUCUGCAGUUGCACACUAUAUAUAAGUUCCAGAAAGCACAGAAGGUGGGUAGUGGAAUCCAGAUAACAUUUUGAUACAUUAUGUCAAAAAUAAUUAAAUAAAUAAUAACAGUGACUACACAUUUUUAGUUAGUCGAUACAGUACUGUUCUAGAAUGAGUUUUAUUAAUUCUGUUAAAACCACUGUGAUGAAUCCUGUCAAGGAUACUUCUCAAAACUGUAUUCCUCUACCAAGAUUACAUCAUGCAUGCGGCUUUAAUCGUGACAAUUGGAAACUGGUUGCAAAAUCCAAUAAUUCCAUCACUGGAAUGUUAUAUCUAUGGAUGGAUCACCAUUUAAUUUUCCUACCAGAACAGGUUGAACAGCAUUCAUGGACAUUGUUAACUGUGCUCAAUGUGCCCUUCACCUUCUGAGAGAGCACAAUUCAUCCCCCACACUUUUUAAGGGCAAAAAUUAUUGGAUGGCAUCCUUUUCCCCAUCCACUAGGCAGUAAUUCUCCCGCACAUAGACAGACGCAUGCAGAUGCUCGUACUUCUGAGAAGAUAUAAGACAUAAGCUGUUGUUAGUACUGUACAUACUGUAAGUGGCUUCUUUUUCACUGUAGGAUGUGUCUGGGUGAAGUGAACAAUUGUGAUUCUCUUUCUGUGUUAGCGCAGAAAGUUGGUCUCAAUUUCACAUACGUCUGGAUGUUUGGCCAUAGAGGGGGGGUGUGGGGAGGGGGGUUGGUGGUCAGAGUUCUCACUGGGGUGUUGAUUCAGCAGACUGGGCAAACAAACACAGCAGCUGCAAGGAGCUCAUUCACACAAAACAGGCUCAGCACAAACUAGGCACUGAGGGUCAUGCUUGAAAGUGACGGCUGUCUUCCGCUGUUUGUUUGCCCUUCAAUCUGGGGAACGCCACUCCCAGUGCAGGCCAAGUUAGGCUCCGCCCACCACAGCACACGCGAGCCACUUUAGGCCUUGGUGAGGUCUGUGUUUCUGUCAAACCACUAAUCUGCUGAGGUUCAAAUUAAAUACCAAGAUCCCAUUGACUGGCUAAAAAUGCUCAGUCUGUUUUCAGUUUUGGAACAGAUCAACAGCUUUCAUAAAAGGGACUUAUGACAGAUUUCUCACUUUUUAUUCACAAAAAUAUCUAGAAGAAUUUGCCUCAGUUGGGCCCAGAUAACAAUGGCUCAGGGACAUCUACUGGAUGGCCAAAGUGAGUCACAACAUUAACCCAUAGCAAGCAAACCAAAUUUACUGGCACAUUUGUUAUAUAAGUUGUAUCUUUGUUCAUUAGUUUCAGUUAGCGUGGGAUGAGUCAGAUGUUUGUGCAGACUUUUAAAUUUAUAGUCCAGCACUACCUGAUAUAACCGUCAAUAUUGCUCAUCUCUUGGCUGGAUUAUUAACUUAUCUUCUCUGCCAGAGAGACUUGUUUGAGACGUGUUUGUAACCAUGGCUGGUUCAAUUGAAUUAGUUGCGUACUGGUUAGCAUAGCCUACCACUGUUUUCUGU